AUGGCUGAAAUGGUUAUGCAUCUUCGAAUGGAUGAUGUAUUGAAAUACGCAUUGAAUCUGGUUGAAACAAACUCCAAGUUGAAAUCUUUCGUUGAAAAAGAAAUUGAAGCUAUGAUAGCUGGUAAUACCGGUGAGCUGUUUGCGAUUUUCUAUGGUUCGAGUAUGACUGCUAAUUGUGGAAUAGAGAGACCGGACGAAAAAGAAAUAUUAUACUUGUUAUUAAAUUAUUUAUUGUUGAAAAUUGAGAACAAAGAAACUGAUAACAUUAGAAAAAUUUUCUCGAUUACGAAUGAGCAACGAAGCAAAAUAAAGGCUAUAUUUAAAAUAUUAAAGCAGUGGCUUGUUGAUUUGAUAGUAGUAAGUGCAAUGAAAAAAUCUCCAGAAAAAAAUCAAGACGUAAAGAACUAUGCAAAUUUGUUAAAAUACAGACUUCGUAAUCUACAGAGUAUCUGUAUUUUACCUAGUGGUUUUGCGAAAACUAAUUGGGCAGAUGAUAGUUUUACAAAAUUGCUAAUGUUAGAAUCUAAGUAUACUGGUCCGCACUCUAAUGCCUGUGUUAUUGAAUUUGAAAGUGAAGAAACGAAAAUAUUAACUCAAAUAGACCCGAUAAGUUCUUAUCAUAGAUCAUUUCGUGAACUUACAAAGGAUCAAAUUAGUUUAGGCUUAGAAAUUGCAAAGAUUCCAUCAGAGAAUUUCGAUCUUAAUUUUUUGUUACCUCUAAUUACUCUUAAAACUAUUGCCGGCACUGGAAAUUAUGAACCAGCACACCUUUACGAAGUGGUUUUAUCGAAAUUAGGUGGAGAAGGAAAUUUGAGAAAAGAAAAAGAGUUUUUUGUUAAUAUAGAGGAGAAAGGGUUUUUCAGUUUGCCAUGGACACUUGUAAAAAUGGUCUUAUGCUAUUUAUUGAAAAAAUGUUUUGACGAUCAAGAAGCGCGAUCUUUAUAUACCAAUAUAAUUUGCGAGUUUGAACUUAAAUUAUUACAAAAUAGUUUCGAAAAAUAUACAGAAUUAACAACUAGCGAUAGCGACACAUCGAAACAUCAACAGUAUCAAUUUCUAGUACAUGAAAUGUGUAAUAAAGUAGCAUAUGAUGCCGCUAAUUGUAUGUUAAACAAAAAUAAAUUAAUCGUUGAUUAUAUAAUGAUGGUACAAGAAAGUAUCCUUCGAUAUAAUUUAAGGUUAAAUAAAGAAAAACGAAAUAAGAAAUCUGUAAGAAACUUGAACUUUGAGAAGAAAAAUUUCGAAAGUAUAUUAUCCGAAAUUCUAAAAAAAAUAAAGCUUAUCACAGAAAAUAUUACUAGUAAUAUGAAUUCUUUACCGAGUAAUAUCUUAAGAAAACAGUUUGUGUGUGACACAUUAAAUACUGAAAUAGGUUCGAAUCAAGUUCAUUUAGUUAAAUUUGAUAAAAUAUUAGAUGAAAUCACGCAACACUAUGGAUUUAACCGAAUAAUUCAAAUUAGUUAUUUGAUAGAAAAUUUUAUAUUUUCAAUUGUGCAACAUAAUGGAUUUGCAAUUUCGUUCAAUGAUGAAAAAUCUCAUGUCGAAUUAGUUCGAAUACUAAUUCGUAUGGCGAAUCUUUAUUACAACUGUACUGCUACUGUUGUUGCUAAAUUAUAUCCGGAUGAAAAUUGCUCGUACGAACCGGGUCACUAUACAAAACUUGUUCUCAUUCUAUUUAGCCUUUUUGCGAUGAUAGAUAAUUUAGUUAGAAAAGAUAAAAUAAUGGGUUCUAGCCUUAAAAAUUACAUGCUAAGUACUGAUUUAGAGAACAUAUCUUUAAAAUCUAUCAUUCCACAGUUAGCUUUACCAGAAAGAAAAUGGCUUGAUCUAUUAAAGGAAAUUGAAAAGUAUUUUAAAAUAUUUUCAACAGAUGUCUCAGAAAGUCUAGCCAAGAAACGUUGCCUUUUUCAUUACACAUCACUCUCAGUUGGUAAUGACUCGGAUGAAAAUAACAUUGAUGUGAAGUAUAUGUUAAGCCUUUUGAAAAAUAAUUUUCCAAGUAAUUAUACAAGAUUUCAAGAAACUCUCAACGGAGUUCAAUCAGACCAACUGGAAACUAGAUGGAAAGAACUUUUAUUUACUGAUAAAUAUCUACCGGAGUUAGUAAGACACUUGAGAGACAUUUCAUAUUUAUCGCAAUUAUCUUUAUGUGGUUUUCCUGUACAAGCUAUACAGAAAAUAAAAUCUGCACCAUCGAACGGAACACAAAUUUAUAGUCGUUUUAAAUGUAAUUUGGAUAAGUAUCUUGCGAUUUCUGGCUUAGGCAUUCAAAUGAAUUCUUCAAGUGACAAAAAGAGGUUUACCGAUUUUACAUUACCUAUAGAUCAAAGCCAGUAUCAAAAACUAAUUACAAUUAAUAGGGAUCGAAAAAAUGAAAGCAAUAUGAUUGAAAAUGAAAUUAUUGGUAGUCAACAUAAAAAGCCCGAAAACUUGACAAAACCACAAUAUUACCGUUUAUGUUCUAUUCAGUUAUAUGAUGAUCUCAAAUUUACACUCUUGUAUGUUGCAUUAAAAAACGAUGAGAUUAAUUUUGAGUUCGAAGAACAUUGCUAUUUGGUUAAACAGGCACUAUAUAAAUUAGGGACUUACGAAGAAACUUGUUUGAUAGAAAAACAUUUUCAGAACGAAAAAUUUGCUGUUUUAUUGGUUAAUAAAUUCGUUGAAAUAGUUUUAGAUUUUAAAGAAAGAAUUACACAAUAUAAAUCGAUGAAUCAUGGAUUAGAUAUAUUGUUGUAUUUAUAUGAAUUUUGUUCUGGAAAAACUAAAAAAUUAAUUGACGACUGUCUUGAUGAAGUUCGCGCCGCACUGUGGACAUACAUAGAUGAAAACAAUAAUACGUCAAGUGUUAACAAUAAUCAAACUUUAGUAUCUAUUUUAAGUUGUUAUUUUAUUUUAACGUAUAAAAAUAUGGAAAAGAUUGAUGAAAAAGCAGUUCUCAGAAUUCUUAAAUUAAGAGUAUUAAUAGAGAAUAACACAAAGUUAUACAGUUUUGUAUUACCAAUUUAUUAUGUUAAAACAAUGGAAACUCUUUUUAAAUUAAGUUCAAUAAUCGAAAGUAAUAUCAAUAAAAACUUUAGUAUGCUAGAUACUUUCGUUGAAAACUCUAAUGGAUCAUGGAAAAAAGAUACAAAUAUGAAUCUAUAUGUUAAAGAUUGCUAUUCAUUUGCACCUUUGAAAGGUCGUCUGUUUAAAAAUGGUCACCCUUUAGCAUGUUUGCCUAGCCAAAUUGUUAAUAAUCCACAUUAUAAGGAAUGCUUUGGAAUGAAAAAUUUUCCUGUACACGUUGCUGAUCAGAACGCUUUCGAAAAGACAUUACUUUGUUAUGAAAUAGAAGGAAAAGAAAUGGGAAAAAUUCGAAUUACUUCCUUAGGCAAUGAUAUGAUUUGGAUUGAAAAUGAGAACCAGACAUUUGUUUCAAAAAAUUAUUUAGGUGAAUUACCAAAAUUCUUGCUAGAGAAUUGUACACAUAUUGAAAAGGAACAAAAACAAUUUUAUACUCAUUGGUAUGAGAACGAUAAGAUAUAUAUUAAAGAUGGCGAUAAGAAAGUAAAAUUCAUAAUAGAUUUAAAUAGUAAUGAAAUUUUUUUUGAUGAAUUUGAAAAGUUUAUUAUUCCUUUUGUUAAAGACGGAUUUGAUCAGUCGAACGCAUUGUAUAGAAUAUUUUCUCAAUUCGAAGAUGAAAAUUAUAUAAUAGCAUUAAAAGAUUUUGAGCAGGAUAGUACACCUACCAUAAUUUAUCUGCCAAGACUUGAUCUAAAAUUCAAAUUUGAGGAUGAAAAAAUCAUGUCGGAAAAUUUUAAAGAUUAUCGUUUACGUUUAAAUCAACAUAUUAAUACACUGUGUGGGCUAACGCAGUAUUUAUUAAUAGAACCAGAUAUUGUCAACGAGGAUUUAAUUAAGUUCAAUCGAAAAAUAAUUAUUCCUUAUCGUCCAAUUAAACCGGAAAAGGCAUUUUUCUCUAAUGCCAUUGAAUUUAAUUCGAAUCAAGUUGGAAAGCCAGCAUAUUUUUCAUAUGAAAUUGAUCAAACCUUAAAGUGUCUCAAUUCGGAAACAACAGCUGGAAGUCUUUAUCUUGCUCUUCUCUAUUUGAAAACAGCUACUUUAGAUAAAGAUUUGUUCUUUGAAAUGAAUGGUUAUGAAAUUUGUUCUGAAAUUCUUAAAACCUGUUGGCAAAACUGUCAAUAUUCAGACACAGAAUUUAAUAUAAUAUUAAAAUUUUUUGAAAAUACUUGUCCAGAUUCAGAAAAGCCGUUGUCAAGUUAUGCUGAUCAAGCAGAAGAAAUGUUCAAAAACGCUACUCAUGGAUCAAAUCCUCAUCAUCGUAAUACCCAUGCUAUUUUUCUUCGAUUAAUUUAUCUUUUAUUAAGUAGUUAUCAAACAGACUUUUUGAUUUCACCUGAUGCCAGUAAGAAAACUCUUUGUUAUUAUUUCUUACAAAAGAAUUUUGUUAAAUAUCAUUUUAAUUUUUACUUGAUUUUCAAGGAUCGUAUUGAUAAACGAUGUCGAUUGACACUAGAAGAAGAGAGAAAACUAUUGUCGUCUUGCGUCGGAAACUAUUCGAACUCGAGAAUUUCAGAUUAUUACAAGGCAAUAAGCGACAAAAAAGAACUUGAAUUAGUAAUGAGUGUAUCGAAUGAUUACAAACGUUUAGAAAACUCUUUUUUUUCCAAAACAUCAUUCAUAGAAUGCCCGUUUGAAGAAAAAGUCAAAGAUGCUUUGAAAAGGAAUUUUAUAAAUGAUUAUCGCGUUCACAAUAAUAAAAUUUGUGUUGUUCAAAAUCUGUUUAGUGAUUGGAUUAACGUUCAAUUCGAACUUUCUUACAUAGUUUCACUUUAUCGCAUAGCCUUAGAUGUACAAAGUACGCGUGAUUUUAAUACAGAAAGUUUUUCACAAUUUUUAGCAUAUUUGUUUUUGAAAGCAUCUGAUGAUGUUAGAGUUUUCAUCAGGAUGCUUUACAUAGUUUCUCUCUUUCCAAAAUCAUUUAAACCUAUACCGAUUUUUCUAUUAUUAGAAACGGGUGAAAUCGAUUGUAAUCAAAAAUAUUAUUUGAAUAGCUAUUCAAUGAAAUUUUCAGAAAAUGAUAUUUCUGAUCUUGACAACGAUGCCAAUAAGAAAAUUAAAAGUUCGAUUUGGUCAAUCUUGAAAAAUGACUAUCUUAACGAAGAACAACAAUCGAAGUUUAGUGUAAGAAAAUUAACUGAUACAGAUUUCAAACUAAAAUUUCAAAACAAUUUAGAAACAAUAUUAAAACAAAAGAAUGUCUCAGAUAUACCGAAGGGUUUCCUCGAUACUCUACAUGGCAAGCUUAUUGCUAAGACCAGAAAUAAAGAACUUUAUGAAUUUUUUAUUGAUAUCUCUAGUCAAUGUCAGACAAUCGUUAAUUCACAUAGUAUAGGUUACUUUGUCCUCAAUACAAAAGACUUAUCUGAAGUCAAAAUGGCAUUAUCUGUUGCAGAUAUUGAAAAUCAGAUUAAUAAAAAUUAUUCGUAUUUCGAAACUAAUGAAGAAUAUUUAACAUAUUCAAAAUGGAGUACAAAAAGUAUUGACAUGAAAAAGCAUUAUGAAAAUUUACGAAAGUUCUUUGAUUUUAAAUCUCACUACCCUGAUAAAAUAAAGUUUCCUCUCGAUCCGGAAGAGCUUCCUGAGGGUUCUCUAGCUAAAAUAGCAUUUUCAAAAGGAUAUGGGGAAACUUUUGUUUCUGAUUUGAAAGACAGUUUUGAGCAGCAAAACCGUAUUGUAAAAAUCAACGAACAAUUCUUUUCCUAUUUGAUAGAAGAACCAGUAAAAGGCAUCGAUAUUUUAGAACAGUUAAAAUUCAAUUAUGAAAAUGAAUUUAAUCAUCUAGAAACUACUAUAAACGAAAUUAGAAAUGAUCUGUUCUUAGAUGUUGAAAAAUGGGCUAAUAAUGAAGAUUCAAAAAAAUAUAUAUCUCGUAAUGAACGAGACAAAAUAAUUUAUAUGAAGACCGAACUCGAAGCUAAAUGCCAGAAAAUCAACAAUGAACUAAUCAACAGAAAUAUUCUAACCAAAUCAAUUGCACUAGAACCGCUUAAACAACAAUUAGAAAAACUAAAAAAGGAUGUGAAUUUUAAACGAGAAGCUAGAAAAUGGCUUAUGACUUUAAAUGAAGCUGAAACAGAUAUCGAAGAUUUAGUUAUCGAAAAUGAGAAUCUAUUCAAAGGAUAUAUAAUCUAUCAUCGCGAGAAACGUAUACUAAGCCCAUCAGUUUUAAAAUUAAUAUGCAAGCGAAGAAAAAUCAGUAUUUUAAUAUAUGAAAAAUUAGACACGUCAUCAUUUGAACUACGAAUAGUGGAAAACUAUAGUUAUUCUAAUAGCGAAUGUAAGAAACACUUUCAAUAUUGGUUAAACGGUGGAAAAUUUUAUAAAAUAGAUACAACAGAAAUAAAAGAUACUAAAAUUCUGAAGAAACUUGGAAGUGAAGCAACCAUUGUUGGAUAUAUGCAAACACCAAAAACUAAAAUUCAAUUAAAAUCCACUAAUAUAGAAAAAUUCACUGAGAUUCUAGUUGAUUAUUAUUCAGAAUACGAAAAAAUGAAUGAAAAUCUUUUCAACGAGAUAUAUCAAAAUAUUAUGUCAAUUGAAAAUCAAUCUGAUGGUACGAAUAUGCUUAUUUUACAUCGAAUCAUGGGAGAAAAAAUUGUUCCAACUAAAAAAGAAAUUUUAUCCUUGCUAAAAGAUAUAGACAAACUAAAAGAAUUCAAUCCAUUUAUCAUCCAUGAAAAAGAUGAGUUUUAUAAGAAAAUAGAAUGUUUCCUAAUUCAAGAAACUUUAAUUCAACAGAUCAAGCGAGCAAUUGUAUUGAUUUCGAAGUAUUACCCAUUACAUCCGGAAAAAGAUGAAAGAGAAAGAAACAGAAUUUUACAAUCAAUGUUCAUAAAUAUUUUAAUGGAGAGAAGCUAUGAUGAGAAAUUGUAUCCAACUUGGUUAUUAUUCGAAAUAGAGAAUAAUCUUUUAAUACGUCAAGAUCAAUAUACUCUUGUAGAAACAAUGAUAAAUGAGAAAAAAAAUAGCAUUUAUCAGUUAAACAUGGGAGAAGGUAAAACAUCUGUUAUUCUAAUUAUUCUAAGCGAGAUUUUAGCUGAUGGUAAGCAGGCUGUGAGAAUUAAUUGUUUAGAAUCAUUAACAGGCAUUAUGCAAGAACUGUUAAGAAAUAAGUUUAGUGGAUUAUUACAGAAGAAAAUAUAUGUUAUGCCAUUUUCACGAGGUAUUGCAUAUUCGAAAGAAAAUCUUGCGAGGAUAAAAGAAAUGCUUACCGAUUGUCAGGAUGGAAAACAUAUUCUAUUAGUAACACCUGAACAACGCUUGUGCUUUCAAUUGAAAAAACAAGAAAUGUUCUUAGAUUAUCUAGAAUCAAAAGACGCAGAUGAUUACUUUGAUUGGGAAGAACAUCACCAUCGGUCAUAUACUUCGACUAUCAAGCCUAGAACGUUUUUUAGUUUGACAGACUCACAAAGAACUUUGAAACAAGCCUUGCAAUCAUUAGGGUAUAUAGAUAGUGAGAAUAAAAUAAUAAAAUAUCCUUCUGAACGCCAGGAAGAAAUCCGUAAAUUUUAUCAAGAAGUGCAUGAUAUAAUUAAGGAAAAUGGUCAUUUUGAUGUUAAGAGCGCUUACGAGAUUUUAAGAGCUCAAUCGAAACAACUCCAGAAUCAACGUAAACAAAAGUUAGAUUUACUUCAUGUAAUUGAUGAUUUUAAAUUCUUUGAUAUACUUGAUGAAUCUGAUGAGAUUUUAUGUCACGGAAAAGAAUUAAAUUAUACAUUAGAAUCAGCUGAAUCUUUGGAUGGUGGUUCGAUUCGUUGGGAAAUUCCAUUUUUAUUGUUUAAGAUGAUUUUCGCCGAAAAUAAAUUCGGUGAAAGUCUGAAACCUGCUUCCGAAAGCGAUGAGUGUCCAGUUAUUUUUCAAGAAAACUUCAGACCAAUAAGUGGAAUUGGAGGAGGAUGUUCUCUUAUACGCUUUGUUAAAAAAGAAUAUUUUUUACAAAAUAUUGUGCCAAAUCUUUGUCGUCAACUUUGCAAACUAAUUCUCUCAAAAUUUGAUCAAAAAAUAACGGACAUUAUUCAUGACGACGGUGAAAAUUGUGGAAGUUACGAGAAUUUUAUCCAAGGAAAAUGUACAUUGAAAGAAGAUAAAAUAAUUCCAUCAUUGAAAGGAAAAAGUCAAGAUAUGUUAAAUAGUUUGUUACUAGCAAAAGCUUGGUUACAUCAUGAUAUACUGUAUCAUGUCAUGAGUUAUCGUUACAGAGUUGAAUACGGAUUGUCUGAAAAUAGAGAAAUAGAAAUCGCUAUUCCAUUUCGAGGUAAAGAUUUACCGUCCGAAAAAUCAGAGUUUAGCCAUCCUGAUAUUAUGAUUGGUUUUACGAUCCUUACUUAUUUGUAUCGAGGAUUAAAUUUCGAACAAGUAAAACGCGGAUUGCUCAACUUAAAAAAUGAUCCGAAACAGAAUAGAGAUAGUGUAUUACAAAAAUGGGUUCAAGAAAAUAAAAAGUGGAUUGACGAAAUAAUUGAAGAAACAAAAGAAGAAUUUCCGAAAUGGUUAAAAUCUUUUAAAACUCUUGAUCUUGAAGAUGACACUAAAAUUAAAAAAGUUCACCUUUAUCUUUCCCGAAAUUUUAGCUUUAUUGAAUAUUAUUUAACUAAUUUCACCUUUCCAAAUGAUAUUAAACAUUACAAAAAAAAGCUUACAGGAAAUGCUCACACAUUAGCUGGUGAAGGAAAAACAAAGGGAUUUUCUGGUACUGAUGAUCGUAAUGACACGAUGCCUGAAUCGGUCGUACCCAAACGAUUACCAUCUCAAAUGGGAACAAAUGGUAAGAUGUUGUAUAUUUUAUCACGAGAUAAAAAUAGAAAAUAUAUAUCAAACAUGCGUAUAUCUAGUACUAAGGAAGUUUUAGAUGAAUUUUGCCAUUAUGCAAAGAACAAUGAGAAUUGUUAUGUAUUAAUUGACGCAGGAGCUAUUAUUACAGAAAUGAAUAAUCUUCAGGUAUCUGAAUAUCUGAUUAGAAAAAUUGAUCAAAGAUUUGAUGGAAUUGUCUAUUUUUCUGAUGAAAAUAAUAAAAUGAUGGUUAUUUUAAGAAAUUGUAUGUCUUUUCCAUUAUCAACAUGUCAUAUUGAUAAUAAGAAAUUAUUUGUUUAUUUGGAUGAAAUUCAUACUCGUGGAACUGAUUUAAAAUUACCCCUAACUGCAUGUGGCAUUGUAACAGUUGGAAAGAAUAUGAGCAAAGAUAAACUUAUGCAAGCAGUCAUGCGUCUUCGUGAUCUAGAUUUUGAACAAUCGAUUGUAUUAUGGGGUUCGAAAGAAAUUUCAGCAGCAAUUGCUAUGGUAAAUGAUGUUCACAUAGAUGACAUAACGAGUAAACACGUUUUAAUAUGGGUUACUUAUAAUACAAUUCGAAAAAAUGAACGUGACUUAUAUCCUGUCACAAAAGAGAAAUUAAAAUAUGUCAUCAAGGGUAGAGCACUCAAAUAUCAGAAGCAAAUAAAAACACCUAUGCAUUCUCUCACCAUAGUAUACAAGACCGAAAGUUUGAACAAUAUAGAAAAGUUGUAUGGUAUUAGUCCUCGGAGGCGAAGUCCUCGAGAUCUUUUAACUUCGAAUUCAAGUGCCUAUUUAAAUAAGUUUUAUUCGGAUUUAGAACAAGAACUUGAAGCGAACGGGUACCCUAACGAAUGGAUUCAAAAAAUCGAUGAGCAUUGGACUAAUGAAGAUAGACCGAAAAUGGAAAAAAUUAUUCAAAGAAUAAAUCAUAAACUUCCAACACGAAUAUUAACUAUUGACUCUGAGUUUGAUGGGAAUCAGGAAAAUGAGAAAGAGGUUGAAGAAAUGCAGCAGGAAGAAGCCAUUCGUCCAAGGGACAAGAAACCAGAACCUGAAACUGUAUGGGAUUUUAAUAAGGUUUUUGAAAAAAGCUUUAAGGAGAAAGGAUUACAUGGAGAAAAAGAUUAUCCGAAACUUGAAGAAUUAAGAAAAUGUUUUCAGUACACCGAAAUUGAUGGUUUAAAAAAGUUGAAAUGGUGCAGUAAAGUUUUUGCAACAGAAAAUUUUACUAAAACAAUAUUAGACGAAGAUAACAAGAAUCAGGCAUAUCAGACUGAUUAUUUGAAACCUGUUAACAUGCUACUAAUUCAUAGAAUAGAGACUGAAGUAAGUUUUAUUAUAGUUUCUACGUUUGAAGCUAAAAGUCUCAUCACGUUAUUUCAUGAACGAAACGAUCCUAAAGUAAGCCUAAUGCAUAUUGAUGAUGUGAAUGGUCCUACUAUGGUUCCAAAAAAUGCUAUUGAAUUAAGAAAAGACGAAAUCAAUAAUGUUAUAACCAUUAUUCGAUUAUUUAAUGGUGAUUGUCGUUAUAAUAAAGACGAAGUUAAUGUAAUAAAAAAACGUGUUGCUUUUCUUGAUAGAUAUUGUUUUCAUGAAACAAAAGCAAUAUCAGAAAAGAUUUAUCGUGAACUUGAAUCAAGACACUACAUAGUAAAAGGUUUUAUGACUCGUAAAUUAGCAUCUAAAUUAAGCGAUCAAAACGAAACAAUGUUACUAGAAAUAGAAAUAAAUCACAGAAUCGAUCUUCAAAGUCGAUUUCAUUCAAUCAUACGUGAUAGUAUUAUAGAUGACGCCGAGAGUAUUUGGACACUACCUAAAUUGAUCACACAGUUGAUCCAGAUUAGAGGAAAAAGUGAACAGUACCAUAGUAGUGAACUAAAAGACAUACUCGAUAUGAAUCUAGAGAAAAUUUGA